AUGGAGAAGAAGAGAUCGCCAUUGCUGGCUUUCAAUGCGAAGCUGCCCAUGGUGAUCGUCCUGCUGCUGUUCGCGUUCAUGGCGAACGAGGCGGACGCGCAGGUGUUCUGCCGGUCCCAGUUCAACCUGGCCAACGAGGCGUGCAGCCUGAGAUCCUUCCCCGGCGCCAACCCGGCGCUGCCCCGGCGGCUGCUCAACGCGUCCUCGUCCGCCGGCUACGAGCUGCAGUCGGCCCGCGACGAGCACGGCGGCAGCGGCCAUGGCAGCGAGCACGGCAGGGAGCACAGCAGGGAGCACGGAAGCGACCACGGCAGCGGCGACCACGGCGGCAGCCACCACCACGGGCACCACGGGCACGUAGGAGGGGCCGACCCCUACGACACGGCGUGCUGCCGGCGCCUCAUGGGCAUCGACAACGCCUGCAUCUGCCAGGCCAUGUCCUUCCUCCCGGUCUUCAUGAGCAGGGUCAAGCACGCCAUCAAGCUCACUCCCGUCCCCGGAUGCGACAUCUCCUUCGAGUGCGCCGCCGUCAACUGA